AGUAGUUAUUGCCGGUUCAUAGAUUCAUAGUCAAAGAUAUAAAUGUAUUUACUAUGAGAAUAGUAUAUUGGGAUAUUUAUUGUUUAUCAAUUUUUUAUACUAUAUUUUUGUAAACAAAUUCAUUCGUUUUAUAAGCGAUUACAUUCGUUUCGUUUAUGAUCAAUGAUUCCUAUUCAAAUAUCGGAUGAUAUUGAAUAAACAAUAAUCGUAGUAAAAGUUUUUCGAAUAAUUCAGGCAAAUGAAUAAAAAUGAUUCCAUGAGUAGAUAUGGACCUCUCAUCGGUGCAAUUGACGAAGGCACGAGUAGUGCUAGAUUUUUGGUAUUUGCUGCGGAGACAGCCGAAGUAUUAACUUAUCAUCAAAUUUCAAUCACUCAUUUUUAUCCAAAGGAAGGAUGGGUUGAACAAGAUCCCAUACAAAUAUUAAAUGCAGUUAGAGAAUGUCUUCGUCAAACUGUAUUUAAUUUACAGCAAUUGACUAUAGAUCCAACUGAUAUAGUUGCUAUUGGAGUGGCAAAUCAAAGAGAAACAACAGUUGUAUGGGAUUCUGUUACAGGAAAACCAUUGUAUAACGCAAUCGUAUGGAUGGAUAUGAGAACUACUCCUAUGGUAGAUGACAUAUUAAAAGGAAUAAGGAACCAAAAUAAAAAUUGUCUGAAGUCUCUAUGUGGUUUACCUAUCAAUCAUUAUUUUAGUGCUUUAAAAAUAAAAUGGUUACUGGAAAAUGUACCAGAAGUUAAAGAAGCAUUAGCCAAUGAACAAUGUAUGUUUGGGACAAUAGAUACCUGGCUUAUUUGGAAUUUAACUGGAGGAGUAAAUGGUGGUGUUCACACUACAGAUGUUACAAAUGCUUCAAGAACUAUGCUCAUGAAUAUUAGAACUUUACAAUGGGAUCCGAAACUACUAUCAUUUUUUCAAAUACCAUCAAGUAUUCUGCCACAAAUUCGAAGUUCGUCAGAAAUUUAUGGGUAUAUUCAGGAUGAUAUUCUUCAUGGUGUACCAAUAUCUGGAUGUUUAGGAGAUCAGCAAUCAGCACUUGUAGGUCAAUCAUGUUUUCAACAAGGACAAGCUAAAAGUACAUACGGUACUGGGUGCUUUCUUUUGUACAAUACAGGCACUACUGUUGUAGAUUCAACUCAUGGUUUACUAACCACAGUUGCAUAUCAAUUUGGUCCAAAUGCAACACCAGUGUACGCUCUUGAAGGUUCUAUAGCAUUUGCUGGAGCUGUUAUUAAAUGGUUAAAAGAUAAUCUUGGAAUGUUAUCAAAUGCAAAAGAAAGUGAAACUGUAGCAGAAAGCGUUUCUACCGAUAGUCACGUCACUUUUGUCCCUGCAUUUUCAGGUUUAUAUGCGCCAUAUUGGAAAAAAGAUGCUAGAAGUGUUAUAUGUGGAGUCACAGAAAGAUCAACAAGUGCUCAUAUCGUAAAAGCAACUUUGCAAUCUAUAUGUUUUCAAAUAAGAGAUAUUUUAGAAACCAUGAAAAACGAUGCAGGAGUAACAUUGUCCAAGUUAUUAGUAGAUGGUGCCAUGAUUAAUAAUAAUUUAUUGAUGCAAAUGCAAGCUGAUAUUGUUGGGAUUCCAGUGAUUAGGCCACUAAUGUCUGAAACAACUGCACUUGGAGCUGCAAUUGCUGCAGGUAGUGCAGAAGGUAUACGUAAAUGGAAUAUAAAAUCAGAAUUAAUUAUACCUAGUGACAUCUUCUUACCUACUAUAACUGAAGAUGAAAGUAAUAUCUUAUAUUCACAAUGGAAAGAAGGUAUUAAAAGAAGUUUAGGAUGGAAUACAAUUACUGAUAUAGAUGAUGAUGUUAAAUACAUGCAUAAAGUAACAGCACCUGGUGUAUUUAUAAUUGGUACAAUGAUUUUACUUGUGCUAGCAAAAUAUCGAUCUUUCAUGUAAUUUAGAAAUAAAAUAUUAUAAACGGAGA